GUGAAAAGUGUCAAACAAAAUGAGCUAGUUUUCGUCAAUUUUCGCCAUAUUCUGGAUACGAUCAAGUUAGAAAAUACUUCUACCCCUCUUGAGGAAGCAUGGCUUACAGGGAUGGCGCGGUAAGACUUUCUAAAAUAAUCUGAAUUUAACCAUGAGGGAUCAGCGUCCUUCCAUAUCCUCGGCAUGUGGCUUUUGACUCCUCUUGGUUUGUUUAUUUUCACUACAUCCGUUGCUGAAAAGAAAUUGUGGUGGAGCUGAUCUUGUCGAUUUAUGGCCGUUUCCAAUGGGCUAAAUUAAAAAGUUAUUUUAGUCCGUUGAGCUAAAUUAUGAGAGCGUGGAGCAGAAUUUUAAUCGACAACCGUACUGUACAUAGUUAGUCUGACAUCACAAACGCAAGGAUUUAGUUUGAAAUUACCUCCACGAUUUUACUUUGAUCUUUCGAAACUACUAGCUAUCUGCAGGGCGUUGAUAAUAAGACUUAUUAUUUUUAAUAAAUUGUGGGUAUACUCACUUUCACGUAAGUGGAUAAUCACGUUAAGUUGCAUAUCGUGUUGUAGUUUAAAAUGAAUUUACCAUCGAAUUUAUUUUAAUUAAGUUUAAUUUCUUUUUUCCCUUUGUUCAAGGAGCACUAUCAUAAUCUUGAAACAAAUGUACUUACAAAUAAAACUAUUUUUUCAUCAUUUUGACCUGGAAUUAUCUAAAACUACAUCAUAUGUUAUUUAGAAAGGAAAAGUUUUGAAAUUUAGUCAUUUGCCUUUCAUCACAAAAAAGGUUGCCAAUUCAUUGCACAGAAUUAUAUUGCAAACUGUUCAGUACAUUAGAUCAGAUUAGAAAUAAAUGGGUUUAAAACCUUUUGCCUUCAAAGUACACAGCACAAAAUAGUUGUCUGUGAUAUUUGGGAGAAGUAGUUUAACUUGUUCACACAAUGUUGGCAUGAUAUUGCACCAAAUGUUAGCACAAGUUGAGAUAACUUUAUUUUUAUUGGAAACAAGUUUUCACAUGUUUUCUUAUUUCUUUUUCUCUCUUCAUUUUAGUCAACUCCUCCAUAUAUGUCUGGGCACAGUUACAGAGGCUUUGGGGUUGACUCCCCUCACAGAGCAAGCAUCCGCUCCACAUCAUCAUUUCCAGGGGCAAGUGGAUCAGUUUCUUCCUUUCAUGACAAUCUUAGAGCAUCUCCAAGAGGAACUGUUCCUCAGACUAAUAGCAGAGGUAAUGUGUUGUUUUAGUCAUUUUAGACAGUGUACAACAUUUGUUUGAAAUAUAUGUUGUAGACAGACUACAAGCAGUCCCAGUCCUAGAGAGAGCACAAUUUGAAAGCAAGAGCCACAAACCUGCUCAGGAUUUGCUGGAAGACAACUGCUAUCAAGUCUUCUCUUGCCACAUUCUACAUAUGCAAGUAUUUGUGAGCUGUACAGCUGACUGCAAGAGCCUUUUAUGCUCUUUAACCCUUUAAAUUCCAAGAGCUGAUUUUAAAUUCUCCCCCUAGCUGCUACACAUCUCCUAGUACAUUAGUUACAAGAAUUUGGUGUCAGAUCAAGAUAACAAUUUCUACCUGAUCAGUUUGAGAAAUCUUCUUACCUGUUUGCUGGAUAAUGUACGGAUAUUGUAGAGAGAAUUUACAUGUUUAUCUGGGAGAAAGGGUUAAGAGUUAAAUUGUCAUUAGCAAGUUAUUUCUUUCAAUGUUUAUUUAUUUCUUUUUUUUAAAUACUGAUAAAUUGUUUACUUCAUACUUUAUUCAAACAGCUGUUGUGUCAGCCCUGAAGGGACUGCAAGAAAAGAUUCGUAAACUUGAGCUGGAGAGAGCAGAUGCAGAAGACAAUCUGAAGAAAUUAGCUGCUGAAUCAAGACAUUACAAGGAUGUGCUGCAAAAAGAACUCACUGUCCGUGAAUCUUCACAAGGAGUUAUUUCAAAGCAAAAUAAACGUAGGUUACAGCUUCAUUUAACAUCCAGCAUAAAUACCUUGCAAUACCUGAGGUCUGUACUGAAAGUUGCAGACUGGUUUUUUUUCUUGGCAUUUUAAUGUGUGUGGCCAGAGUUUAAGGCACAGGGGCUAUAAGUCAAUGAAGAAAAAAUGAGAGUUCAUGACUAGAAAUGACAGAACAAGAAAGUGUGGAAAUUGAAUUAUUUUGAAGGAAAAAAAAAUCAACUUUGGCCCCCUAGGUUUCACGCCACAAAUAUUCAAAGUAGUUGAAAAUUUGCUCAUCAGAAGCAAUUGUACAGGACAGAUUUGCCUCAUAAAUUUCAAAAAGCCUUGAUUAAAUUAUUUUUAAGAAAAAUAAAAACUUCUGUUUUAGUACUUCAAUUGAAUCAUUUAUGUGUGUGUUGCUACAUAUUUUAGAGUUAGAAGAUGACCUUCAAGGUGCAGAAGCUCGAUGUAAUUUAUUGGAGAAACAGUUAGACUAUAUGCGUAAGAUGGUUCAAACUGCUGAAACUGACCGAGAUCAGGCAUUACAAAGGUCAGCAAUGGUUGCUAAACAGGCUGCCCAGCAAACCUCUGAUGAUAUGAGAGGACAGUUUGAGAAACUAGCUGGGCUUGAAAGGGAGCACAUGAAGUUAACUGCAUCACAUUCUAUAGCUGAGGUGAGCUUUUGGAAGCCUGUAUAGAGACAUCUGCCAUGUUUCUUGCUCAGGAGAUGAUUGCAUGCAGUAUUUUUUUGGGAAAUUUGUUGUUUUCUUUUAUGGUUUUCUUUGUUUCAACUUUCUAUAGACAUGUCUUGUUCUUGCCCAAACUGUACAAGUCUUUUUUCUUUAAAUAGUGCAAAGUUGUUGAGAAGUUAAAGAAAAAGAAUACCCAUUGACUUGACUCACUUGUGUCUUUCUGUAAGGUCAAAACAGGCAAUCCAGAGUUGGCAGAAUGGGUUUCAUCAUGUGCAUAUACAGUUGCUGUGUAAUAAAAAGAUGCUGUGAAUGAAUAUUCUAUGAGUGUUCACUGUCCAUUUCCCUUUAAUUUCCCCUUGCAUUUCUCAGCACAAUUCACAUGGUUCCAUGUUCAAAAAUUGUUGUGAAAUUAAAUUUCUUUGUUAUCACUGCAAUAGAAGUCUGACCUAUGGUUUUAUCUCAUUUGCAGAGUAAAAUUAGGGAAUUGGAAGAACAACUAAGAGAGGAGGUCCAUCAAAGAAAACUGGUGGAGAAUAAAACCGCAGAGGUUGUUAGUAAUCAUCAUUAUAGCAAUGUGUUGAUACAGAAAGUAAUCUGGAUUAGCAGUAGUUUUGUUUAACUUCGCUCCGUGAUUGGUCUAGAAAACUUAAGCCACCAUCUCAACCAAUCAGAUGCAAAACUAAAACCAAUCACGACUUAAUUGGUUACCCGCGUUUUCCCGCGCUUUAGGCAGUUUGGUCGGUUUUACUUUGAGCGCUCAUUGGCUUUCAAAGAUUUUCUCCUCUCUUCUGAUUAGCCGGUGUGAUUACUUUUGUUUUGGAUUUACGACACUCAAUCGAAAAGCGCUCUAAUCAUAGUUGCAACAUGUUAAAAUUAAACAUAUCAUGGAGGAGCUGUAGCCUAAUGGUUAGACGUGAGAUGAAAAUAAUCGGUGACUAAAUUUGGAGAGAAAAUCGCCAAUUUGGCGAUCUGUUUACGGCGAUCUCCUACCUUCCCUAUUUUUCCGGCGACCAAAACCUCUUUUUUUUUUCGGGGGACUAUUUUACGACUUUAGGUCGAGAAAUAGCGACUUCGAAAAGGAGAUAGCUGAUCACGAGAAAGCUAACACAAGAAAGCACACUGUACAAAAUUAAAAGCAAACUUGUUUCUCUUCCAGCUGGAAUCAGUCGCAGAAACUAACAGAAUACUUAUGAACAUGGCCUCGCCACAACGAACAAAGCCAAAGAAAAAGAAGCGAAAGGUAACUCUCACUUGCGUUAUUUGUGGUAGUUAAAAUUUUUUUUUCUAUGUGUAAAGUAGACGAGUGUUGUUAUAUUCAUUUCAGCCUCCAAGACCUAAACCAAGAAAAUCAAAUCAGCCUGUUAAACCUUCGGAUCACUACCAUUUAAAUUUAGGAAAUAUUCCAUUUGUCGUCGGCCAGGUAUGUGACAAUGUUGAAUUCCUUUAAAACUUAGGUUAGACCAAAAAAAUGGGGAGCAAAGUGAUCAGAAUAGCCAAUCAGAACAGAGAUCAGCAAGGAACCAAUGAGAACUUAAAGCUACGGCUCAAGCGCGGGAAAAUGCGAGUUACCAAGUUAUGCUUGGAUCUAGUGUAGCAUCUAAAUGGUCGAGAAGACUUUUGAAAUUACACCCAAUUUCGUAAAAGCACACUUAUUUGGUAUUGAUGCAGUGAUCAUUUUAAGAUCCAAGUAUGGUGGGAAUUCGAAGAAGUCGCGUGGAAAUUAGUUCUUUGGAUGGGAAGGAUAAUAACACCGAACGGAGUGACAUUUCUUUCUCUCUCAUCUUCUCUUUUAUGGUUUUUUUUCUUUUUGGUGAUAGUCGACUACAAAAUCACACUCUCUUGGAGCUAAUGUACAGACUGUGCUAUCUUUAAUGAAAGCCCAUAACCCAGCGCUGUGUCACGCUGCUGCACGACGGGCUCCGAAAAGACUCCCGCAAAGUGCGGGUUCAGCGAGUGCCAGUGAUUCAGAUAACGCUUUCGAGGGGCUUCUCCUUGGACUACAGGAUGAGUUUGGACACAUCACUUUGUGCGUACUAAUCAGUAUUUUCGCCUAACUUAGUUUUUUAUGUAAGCCAUUUAAAUUAAAGUAUAUGAGACGCGUUAAAGGUAUUAGGGCUACUACAGCCUCGUCUCCAGGACGAAGUCGUGUUGUGUUCACAGUUUUGCACUUUUUGAAUUAUUGUUCAACGAAGAAACCCUAGAUAAAUAAAAUGGUAAAUCGAAUAAAGAGGAAGUCCACAAGGCUAUGAGAGCUCAAAGUCAAAAAACGAGGAAGGAUUUUUUUUAAGUCUAUGGUAUACAAAUUAUAAUAUACAAGUUGUAAGCGAAACUCGCUGGAAAAAAAGGCUCGACAAACUAAAGUUAAUCCCUUUUUUAUGUGCUGUGUAUCAUUUGCAGCGAGCAUCGAGAACUUUCUCGUCAAAUACAAGAAUCCGACGAUCCAAGAAUACAAGAAGAUCUCAGAAGAGAGCUUGAAAACUUAGAAGCUCGAAUGGAAGCAAAAGGAGAACAAAUCGCAAUGGUCCGACGACAGCAAGAGGAAGCGAAACGACAGCGCAAGAAGCAGAAGACAAAAGCAGCGGUAAGACCUAAGAGCGCGAGCGCUGUCCUACCGGCGAGUGGUGGCGAAGUAGAAGUUGUGACAACUGUUAAAACGAAACCUGCUCGAACUGGAGGCACAGUGAAAGAUACUUUAUCAGUCUAUAAAGGGAUGAAGACGCUUCAAACUUCGCUUGGAAAGAAUCAAUAUCAUUGGGACUAGCCAAGCGGAUAUUUCCUGUCCGAAGGGUGGAGGGAAAAGGUUGUUUAGGUGGGAAUAAAUAUACUUGUGGGAGGGUAGGGUUAUAUUAGAUAGAUAGGUAAAAGAGAAAGUUUUUCAAACAGAAGACUUAAAGUGUUCAGACAUGAUACGUGUGGAACUUGCAAGGAGUAAAGAACAGAAAAAAGAGACAGUGUGACAAUCCGAUCAUUGAUUUGUUUUUAUCAAGAUCUUUACUGACUUGCCCAUGAAAUUCUUCAAAUUUAAAAUAAAGAGAAUGUGGAAAGAUGACUGGGAGAACUGACGUUUUAAUAUCUUAACUCAAAAGUAUAAUGCCUCAUUGUACUUUGACUGAACACUGAACAAACAUGUGGAGACUGGCAGUUAUUUAUAUAUAUAUAUAUUGUAUGGUUUUCCUUCGUAAGAAGAUUUGUAAUUAUGUACAUGGAACAAACUUAUUCUGAACUCUUCAAUAAAAGUAGGAUCUCAUGCG